GCGUUAGAGACGCACACAGCUGGGCAGCAGGAGGACAGGGGGAUCGACACGUGAAACAUUUUUUCUACAUGACAUCGGUGAGGACUGCAGCUAUGGACUUAUUCAAACAACAGAAAGUGGAGGAUUUCUAUGAAAUUGGUGAAGAGUUGGGAAGCACCAGCAACAGAUCCCCGAAGCUGGCCCGGCGUGAGUGACGGGGGAGUGAGACAGACGUAACCGGCUGGGCUCCUCUUGAAGGCUUCCGGCCAGGUGUAGCUCAUCAAGCUUCAUGCAGCUCGUCCACAGUGGGCAGUUUGCCAUUGUAAAGCAAUGCAGAGAGAAAAGCACAGGGCUGGAAUUCGCCGCCAAGUUUAUCAAGAAGCGGCAGAGCAUGGCCAGCUCCCGAGGAGUGCGGCGGGAGGAGAUAGAGCGGGAAGUGGACAUCCUGCAGCAGAUUCAGCACCCAAACAUAGUCACGCUGCACGACGUCUACGAGAACCGCACUGAUGUGGUGCUCAUCCUGGAGCUGGUAUCUGGAGGAGAGCUCUUUGACUUCCUGGCACAGAAGGAGUCUUUGAGCGAGGAAGAAGCCACUCAGUUCAUCAAGCAGAUCCUGGAGGGGGUGAACUACCUACAUGCAAGGGAAAUCGCUCACUUUGAUCUUAAGCCAGAAAACAUUAUGCUGCUGGACAAGAAUGUGCCGUUACCAAGAAUAAAACUCAUAGAUUUUGGUCUCGCCCACAAGAUUGAAGCCGGGGUUGAGUUCAAAAACAUAUUUGGAACACCUGAGUUUGUAGCACCGGAGAUUGUCAACUAUGAGCCACUGGGAUUAGAAGCCGACAUGUGGAGCAUUGGGGUCAUUACCUAUAUCCUGCUGAGUGGUGCUUCACCUUUCCUGGGAGAGACCAAACAGGACACUCUGAGGAACAUUUCAGCCAUCAAUUAUGAGUUUGAUGAGGAGUUCUUCUGUCACACCAGUGAGCCGGCCAAGAAAUUCAUCAGCCAGUUGUUGGAGAAGGAUAAGAGGAAAAGAUUAACAAUUCAAGAAGCUCUUAAUCAUCCAUGGAUCAAGUCCAAUGAGCACAAGGAGGAGAAUAAAGCCAAGGAGCCAAAGAAACGGGAGCGGCGCCAGCUGAAGACAAAGCGCCUGCGGGAGUACACUAUCAAGUCCCACUCCAGCAUGCCACCCAACAACACCUAUGUAAACUUUGAGCGCUUUGCCCAGGUGGUGGAGGACAUUGACCAGAUGGAGAGCUCAUUUGUCAGCCUGGCAGCAGCCCAUGACUCCCUGCAGGAAGACAUCGAUGCCAUGGUCUCCAUAUAUAAUGAGAAGGAGACCUGGUAUAAGGAGGAGAGUGAAGAUGUGCGCCAUGAGCUCUCGCAAAUCCGCUACGAGUUCCGUAAAGUUGAGGCCUAUAAGAGGAGCCUGCAGGACGACAUGCAGGCCUUCAGCUCCAGCCUCGACGGAAUCAGCAACCGCUACCAGGAGAGACAGAACCACUUCGAAUCGCUGCGUCAAGAGCUCAGCAAUGAACUGAAGUGGGUGCAGGAGGUGAUGGGUUCAUUUCCCAUGGAUGGAGGUGGUGGAGGAUACCCCAACCGCAGCUUCUCCAACGUCUUCAACAACGACGUAAAUGAAGCCCUGAAGGAGCUGCUGAACCGCUCCUGUGGAGGAGAGCUGCUGUCCGGGAUCAACCUGGACUUAGAAACCGGACAGCAAAGAUAAAUGCUUCAGUUAUUCAAUAACCAUUUUAAAUCAUGGUGACUAGUAAAAUAUAAGAAAUAAGGCUUUCAAAAGGGUUUAAGUUCUACCUACAACCAUUUGCUUCUGAUGAGAACAUCAAGAAAGAGUUCCCUUGUAGGAAUAAGGGUUCAAUUAAGAACCUUUUUCUUCCAAGUAACCAUUUUUGGUAGAAAGAGUUCUUGAAUGAUUGAUGACAGCAUGGGUGUUAAUAACAUUCCUGGCCACACCCCCAUAAUGAAUGUGAUCCAAGAAUGUUCUGGGUAGCCUCAUCAACCUGGUCCUUAAAGUAGCCUAUAUCAAAGACUAAAGCCACUGGAUAUGGUUUCCAUAGAAAAUAGCUGAUAUGUUAAAGUAGAACCAAUUUUAGGUUGCUCGGACUUCCCUAACCACAAUAUGUAAUUAAUGGGAUUCAAUCAUUUUGGGCUCUAAAGUACACUGCAAUGUGGUUCUUCGAGAAUUCUCAGAAGAGAGGGUGAUAAUGGGUGAAACCCUUUUAAAAAGGUUCUGUUUAGGUCCCCUGUGAAUGUUCUAGAUACAAUCCUUAUAAUAUAAAAGGAUUCCCAGUAAAACAUCAUGGGUUUUUGGCAGCACCUGUAUACAGUGUAAAGGUUCUGGAUGGAACCCCAAGAGAGGGGUUUUGGGUAAAAAAACAUUCACGGAUGGUUCUAGAUAUAUCCCCUUUUAUGCUCUGAUAGGUUAGAAGGUGGAACCUUGAACAUAAAAAGGGUUCUCCUAUAUAAUGGGGACAAGCUGAAGAAUGCUAUAUUGUUCAUGUAAGACCUUUAUUUCUAAGAGUUUACAUACCCAAUGUCACAAUAGGGAGGUCUGUGUCCGGCCCUAACGGAUUAUUUCUGUUGCAAUACAAAUAUUUCAGUCAAGUCAGAAAAGUAUUACCCAAUCUUCACAUUUUUUAAUUAUUUGAACAACAAGGUAUGUCAUCACAUACAGUGCAUACAAUGCAAUGGUCAGCAGACUCAUUUUGGUAUAAGUUUUAGGCAAUAAUGUCAAUCGUUGUGCUCUGUCCUGGAGAUAAAGGUACUAUGGAUGUUUGUAUUCUUAAAUGCUUAACUGUAUCUUUCAAUGUCAAAUCAAAUAUUUAAGAAAAAAUAAAUAGAAUCGUGUACACACUAAAAAGCAGGUUACUUCAGAUCAAUGAAUACUAUGACAGCCAGCUGAUAUUUGCACAAGCAUGCUUACACAAUAGUGUUAACUUGGUACCACUUUACAAUAAGACUACCCUUAUAAACGGUUUACAAAUAGUUUGUAAUUGAUUAAUUAGGUUGUGAACACUUAUAAAUCAUUAAUAAGCCAUGAGAUAAACAGGGCAACUGUGACCGGUUGCUUGCCAAAUAGAGAGCACAUUUGAGCCCAGUGACUCUUUGUCAUAGUGUUCCACAUUCAACCGGAUCGAAUCAGAGCUGGUAGCAUUUUAGAAUGUCAGGGGGUUUGCAGGUUAUGGAAAGAUAUCUUUCUUUAUACUUAAAUAUCCAAACUGAAGUUCUUAAAUGGCUUCAGUUUGGAUUAUAAAACACUAUUUUGGUUGAUGGAGAAGUCCUGUCAUGCAGCAAAGUUACAAGUUGUUUUUGUUUUUCUCAGUUUUUUUCGGUGGUAAAAAUGUCUCAUGAUUUAUCUGAAAUGCCAUUUCAUUUCAAACUUGAAGACACACUUGGUCCGCUUGUGAAUCUUGGUUAGUUAUGGAGCAUUAGUCAUGGCGGCAGUGAUGAGAGGUGCUGUCUGCCGGGAUAAGCUGGAACAGAUCAGAGACAACAUGGUACUGGAGGGUCAUUUUUACCCCUUUUUUGUGAAUGGGUCCACUUUUGAGGAAUUUCAACAUACUCUUUUUUUCUUACAAUAUUUAACCACCAACUGAAGAUUAAAUGACUAUAACAAAUUGAUGAAUUAUCUUAAUGAGAUUCAGUAAACGUUAUAAAGGCAGCAUGACUGAGAGAAUGCAACACAUUCAACCAAGGGUGUAACUUUGGUUUGAGAAGUGGGGGACACACACAAAACAGGGGGUCUGUGGGUUUCCUUCGCAACGAAAAACGAUUUGAAUCCCAUUUACUGCCUUUCUACAGAUAUGGU